GUCAUUGAUCUGUCAGCAAUUCAGCAUUGCAUUGUUUAAAUUUUGUUUGGUUUGAUUUGAUCAUACAUUCCAUCGUAAUUUGAUUUGUUUUAAUUUCCUUGCUCUUUAUUGUCAGAUAAUUAGUCUACUUUAAAGUAUCUCCAUUAACAUAUGGGCUGCGGAAACUCAGUAAUAAUUCUUAUAUUGAACGAACUUUAUUGCCUGCAUAUUUAUUAAAUCAUUAGGUACUGCGUACAGUGCGUGUGGAUUGGAUACGAUAUUAAUAACCUAGCGGUUUCCUUAGCAAGUCGUGUGUGUGUAAAACUCAUUCCUUACAAUAUGAAGUGGUGGAUUACUAUAUUAUGUGUAAUCAAAUUAGCUACAGUUAAAGCGAUUGCUCCAACACCAAUAGUUUUGUGGCAUGGAAUGGGUGACACAUGCUGUGGGAGCUACAGCCUUGGUGGAUUUAAAUAUUUUCUUGAAAAACAAAUCCCAGGAGUUUAUGUGCUGUCUCUAAAGAUCGGUGACUCCAUAAUUGAAGAUUUUGAAAACAGCUACUUUAUGUACACUAACUCGCAAAUUGAAUAUGUUUGUAAGGUGUUCGCCGCAGAUGCAAAGCUGCAAAACGGUUUCAAUGCUAUCGGAUUCUCCCAAGGCAGCCAGUUUCUACGGGCGGUAGUGCAACGAUGUGGUCACAAAAUUGGUCGUGUAAAGAACCUCAUCACAUUGGGAGGGCAGCAUCAGGGUGUUUACGGUCUGCCCCACUGUGGGGCACUGUCCCACAAGACCUGUGAUUACGUCCGGGAGCUGCUCAACUAUGCUGCUUAUCAGAGUUGGCUUCAACGUUCCCUAGUCCAAGCCACGUACUGGCACGACCCACUAAACGAAGACGUUUACAAAAGAGCCAGUCAGUUCCUAUCGGACGUCAACAACGAGUUGUCCAUCAACCAAACUUACGUGGACAAUCUGAACAGGCUGGACCACUUUGUGAUGGUUUUGUUCGAGAAUGACACCAUCGCCCAGCCUAAAGAGAGCUCUUGGUUUGGCUUCUACGCGCCUGGACAGAGCAAGUUGUUGCUGACUUUGCAGCAGUCGCAAAUUUACAAACAGGAUCGCCUUGGUCUCAAGAAAAUGGACCUAGCUGGAAAACUCGUCUUCCUUUCGUCUCCCGGCGACCAUCUGCAAUUCUCAGAGGAGUGGUUUAUUAACAAUAUUAUCGCUAAUUAUUUAGCUCUUAAGUAAAUAGAAAUAAGGAUCUCAUCUAUGAAAACGUGUAUAGCUUAUUUAUAAGCAUAACGUAAGGUUAUAAAAAUGAAAUUAUCCAAAAUAUCAGAGAUUUAUAAGCAAUCUAAAUCUAAAAAUAUUUGACAAACUAUCAAAUAAAUUGUACUUUUUAUUUUAUUCUAUUCGAAGGCCGUUAUAUUAUUAGAAACACCAGUGAAAAAAUUACUGUGAUAAUAGCUGUUUCCAAAAAUAUGACAAAAAUAAAAUCACACUUGCGUUUAUGAUGACAUCUUAAUAAAGGUUAUUUUAAAAAUUCAGUAUUUUAUGAUGAUUGAGUUUAAAAUUUUAACUUUAAAUCUUUGUAAUGAUCCAGCGGCAUUGUUACAGACUAUAAAUUAUCACAAUGAUCUUAAAUAUAUGUAUUUUGUCUAAAGCAUACAUAUUUUUUACAAUUUUAUGAACUUGUCAUCUACCUUAUUGUAAUGAAAAUUUAAAUACUGAAUGUGUAUUGUAAUUUGUGAGAUUAAAUUUGUACUCCUAAUUGGAGGUAAAACACAGUGAUGCUAAUAAAUAA